AUGGCUGAUCCAUCAGACACUUUUUAUCAAACUUUCGAACUUUCACUAAACGAGCCGGUGGGAUGCCUCAGCAUGAGUCGAAAAGGUCUAUUCGUCAUAGAUCUGAAUCACCCUUACGAGCCACCUCGUUUCUUGGCACACUCUGCUACUUGGGAUGUUGCCGAUAUACAGUGGUCACCACAUCCGGAACGUAGGAGCUGGGUCGCUUCAACAUCAUCCCAAAAGGCCUUGAUCUGGAACUUGGAUCUACCCUAUCAUUCCCAAACGGCUUCUCGAAAGACUUCCAACUUGAACAUGUCCGGAGAUCCAACCCUCAAUCCUGAUCGAACCGCUCAGUCUCCCAUUCAAUUUGUAUUGGAGGCACACACUAGAGCCAUAUGUGAUAUCAACUGGUCGGUAUUCAAUGUUGAUGUCUUAGCUACUUGUGGAAUCGACUCCUGGACAUACGCAUUUGAUCUACGUUCUGGUAGCAGAGCGGUACAAGGGUUUUGUGCUUGGGGCUCACCGGCCACUCAGGUGAAAUGGAAUCGGCAAAACUCCCACCUUUUGGCCUCAUCGCACGACUCUCGCGUCUUGAUAUGGGACACCCGUCGGCCGGCGAUUCCUCUACUUGAGAUAAAGGCCCAUGACGAAAAGAUAUAUGGAGUGGAUUGGUCUCGCCGAUCGCCAGAUGGUAUAGUCACCUGUAGUCUAGAUAAGACCGUCAAAUUUUGGUCGACAAAAAAUUCCGAAGCUCCCAUUCAGACGAUUGAGACCCCAUCUCCUGUGCGAAGGGCUAGGCAUCUGCCCUUUGGACAUGGUGUGAUGACCUUACCCCAGCGUUCUGACCAUGUCCUGAGUAUGUGGUCACAGAGUUGUCCGACCAAGCCGAUUGCAAUUUUUUCUGGUCAUCGAGACACAGUACGAGAGUUCGUUUGGAGGACUCGAGGUGGUGAAAAUUCAGCUUCCGAUGAUCGGCAAUUUCAACUGGUUACAUGGGGAAAUGAUCGAAAGCUUCGACUGUGGCCCGUUAGUCAAGACGUGCUAAUCAAAGCUGGCUUCAAACUCGGCUCCCCAAUUGAUGUCCGGGUCACUCGUAAAGGGACAUCCACCAAUCGAAGCUUCAGACAUUCGAGUCUGACAGUUCCAUUCGUCCCUAGUCCACCUUCGAUGUCGGCAUCUCCCUUCAGAGUAGGCAAACAUUCAUCUUCCCCUGGCUCGUCUAUGACGAAUGCCUUCUUGCAUACUCAUACUCCUUCACCUCGGAACCGAGCUGUCACACUCUCCGAAGGAGUAAAGUCUCCUCAAAAGCGAAAAACCAAGAUACAAGGCGCCAGGCGUUUUGUGCGACAUCCUGGCUUCAUGACCCGACAAUCUACACUUGGAGUGGCAGACUUGUCUAGCAAUCGGCUCACAUGGAUGGAAGGCAUAAAACUUUAUCGACCUUCGGAAUGCGCGGAUCAUGAAAGUAACCAGCUUACGGUCUCUGGUGGUCUCACUUAUACUAGAUCACUUUCAAGAGACAGUCAAGUUUUUUCGCCGACUGACCUUAAUCAAGAAGCUUGUCACAAAACUGCCCCGACCCUAGGAGAAGAGCUCACCUCGGCUCAGCGUAAUCUACCGCGGGUCACAUUUGAACAACUGACAGUACAAGCCAGGACUUGUUCUGUGGGCCUCUAUGGCCCUUGGGCGGCACGUGAAGGUAUCGCCUUCGUUCGCGCAACCUUUACGUUUCCCAAAGCCUACCCACAGCUCAAACCACCUUCAAUCGAGAUAGAGCGAAGCUCAGAUGUUAGCGCUCGUACAAGAGCCUAUCUAUUAAAAUCAGCCCGUGAAUUGAUGCAAGAACGAGUUCGAAAGCAAGAGCCAGGCGCUUUGGAGAUUUGUUUGAAAUUUUUACUCGGUGAUCGGUCUUUGAUGGAAACAGAAAAGGUUGAACGAUAUGUGGACUCGGAUGAAGAGAUGAGAGAUCCUGAAGUUGGAAUGCGUCCAGAUAUCCUCCAAAAUAAUACCAAUGUACCCCCACCUCGACGUGGAGGAGUUUGGUUUAACUCAUAUGUUCCUAAAUGGUUUGAAGUUUAUACCACACAGCGGAAUUAUAAAUUCGAAGCGUUUGGUACCUUGGCUUUAUCGCCUACUAAUCGGGCAUACCUUUCUGACGAGGAAUCAGAAUCAGACGAUGCAUUAAGGUUGCCAAUGUCACGGCGUCUACCAUCGAAGCCAAAUCCACCUCCAACGACCAAUUCCCUACCUCAACGCGAAAUUUCGACGAUUGUAUCUAUCGAAACUAUUGAUCUUAUGAAACCUGUUCCGAUUCCGGCCCUACAGUCAUUUGAUGCAAAGAAGAUUGCUGAAAGCGCAAAAACUCUGGCAUUCCGUAUUGAUAAAAGUCGACAUAAGAUUUGGAUGUCAAUUGAGGUCUUUCUCAAAGGAAGUCGCGGUCUACGUGAUUGUGAAAUCAAUAAAAGAAACUCCUCGUUAUUUUUCAAUUUGAUUGGCCAUCUCAAGGCUGUGAAAGAUUUCGAGACUUUGGGGUAUGUGGCUUGUGUCCUGGAAAUGAACCGACGUGAACACAACAUCAUGGAGUAUGAUGAGAAAAAUGACGAACAAGUGACUACUCCAACAGACUACUUCAAUUCGAAGUCGGUAAACCAGCCACACGCAGGUAUUGCCUCAUCAAGUAGUGCUCGAUCAGGUGAAACUCCUGAUCCCACAUCUGGUAUUGAAUCAUCAUCUCAAUCACCAUCCAAAGGAUCAUGGAGUCAAUUUUUUUUUUCACUCACUGGUGGUACUGGACUUUCAUCCACCUUAAAUCAAGUCCCAAUUGGAGCUUCAAAAACGUCUUCAUCUUCUUUGACUCAAAUUCAAAAUAGUGCAUCUACUACUUCUUCUACUGAUAAAGCUGUUGCUAAACUUAAACAACAGUUGGGAGUUAGCCCUGCUGCAUAUGAUUCGGCUUCUUAUAAACGACGUGUAGAAGGAGGUAGUAGUUUACCACAUGAGAAGAAUGUUAGCUUUAGUACUGAUGAGAGUCAUGUUGAUAUGGCUACGAAAAACGCUAACGGAUUGAGAUCACAACGAAGAAGAGUCUACCGGGUGAUUGAAUACAGGCGCGAUGAAAUAGAGUUAUCGGAUACACUUGAUGAUCCAAGCUUACAAACCGAACUGGAAUGUUAUCGCUACUUUUUAUGUGAUUUACUCCUUCGAAGAGAAAAGAUAGUAGAACGUACAAUGGUAGUCAAGAUGUUAAGAGCUAGUGAUCCAAAUACACAAUACGAUACUUCUUCAAGAUCUCGAGCUCAAGGAUUAUCUGGAAUAGACGAAAGCUGUACAAUAGAGUUAUUUUUACGUUGUGGUAGAUGUGGUGGUUGUUUGGAAAGUUUAGAAAGGAUUUGUGUGGUUUGUGAUCGGAUUGGAAAAUUACCGAUUUGUUCAAUUUGUCAUAAAAAAGUUCCUAGACUUGCUCAAGAUUGUUUACAAUGUUUUCAUGGUGGACAUGUUGAGUGCAUGAGAACUUGGUGGAAGGAUGAACAGAUGUGUCCCACUGGUUGUGGAUGUUUUUGUAUAAGUAGUGGAGGGAUUUGUGGAUUAAUGAAAAGAAAUGAAAUUGAUACAAGUAUCGGUAGUGAUUCUACUUCGGUCAGAACUAUGAAAAGAAGAAAAAGUAAAAGUAAAAGAAGUGGAAAUGGAAAUAAACAUUUAUCUCGUAAUACUUCUUAUGUUACUUUUUCAUAA